CUUGCCCAUCACUAUAGUUGCGAAAGUUUGUAAACGCGUUGUGUGUAGGUGUGCCUUUCAUUGUUUUGAUUUGUGUGAUGUGUUGUCCGAAUGGACACAUGUGAAUAUUAGGUUUUCGCACACGUCCACCAGCCGUCCGCACAUCUGGGAGGAAGGACUGAUGUGUGACUCUCGCGAGUAGCCGCGCUGGCGGGAGGAUGCAGCGGCUGCUCAGGUGUCCGCGAUGAGUGAUAUCAAACUGGACCCAAACUUCCUGGUCAGCCUGAAAAGAGAACCGGAACAGCGCACUAUCGAGGAUCUUCACACGUUGUUCGAGACCCUGCAGGAGUUCGAAGCGCUCUCCAACCUCCGUGAAGCGGCGCUGCGCUCGCUCUGCAAGGCCAUACGAUACGAGCGAAGAGAUAAGGACGAUAUACUAUAUUUUCGCGGGGAGCGGGCGUCAUGCUGGUACAUCCUCAUCUCUGGCUACGUCUUCAUUGAUGGCUCCAUGUUCUGCCCCGGAUCAAGUUUCGGCAAGCGGAUCGGUCAGCGGGUGAACGAUUGCGUCAUCCUGGAGCCGGCGGAAAUGAUUGUGAUUGACUACCCGGACAGUAACCUCAUGUAUAGCGGCCAGAGACGUUCGUGUACCGCCGCAAACCUGGAGCGACUGCUGGCGCUUGAACAGGAGGAGGUCAGCAUUCACUCGCGGCUUGCCAAUAUGGAGGAUCCGCAGGUGCUGGUGAACAACAUGCACCUGCUAUCGCUGUACAAGAACACGGGCUCUCGGUGUUCGUCAGACACCAGUUCGGCCUACAGCGGAUCAGAUACCAUGCAGUCACUACAAUCGAGUAUUGACCCGGCCGAGGAUGUAGAUCUGACCGGUCUGAUUGAGUCCACCGUGGACUCUGAUGAAGACGAGGAGGAUCUGAUGGCCACCAUGGACUCCAUCAACCCGCGUGACGCGGUCCGGGAGUGUCUGGAAACAGACCCGGCCAACCGUACAGAAGACGACGUGGAAAUACUGCUCGAGUUCACCCAACACCUGCGGGCGUUCAGUAAUAUGACGCUCAGCGUGCGGCGCGCCCUCUGCAGUGUGAUGGUGUUCGCUGUGGUGCAGAAGGCGGGCACGACAGUGAUGCAAGACGGCGAGGAGCUGGACUCGUGGUCGGUGAUUGUCAACGGUCAGGUGGAAAUCAGCGGACCCGGCCUGCCCACCACCGAGCUGGGACUAGGAGAUAGUUUCGGUAUCACUCCGACCAUGGAGAAGCUGUAUCACCGUGGUGUGAUGCGAACAAAGUGCGACGACUGUCAAUUCGUCUGUAUCACCCAGACAGACUACUAUCGGAUACUGCAUCAGGGCGAAGAGAACACCCGACGCCAUGAAGAGAACGGCGAGGUCGUUCUGGUCACCGAACACAGGAUCCUGGACGCCGGAUCCGGGAAGGGACACUGUGUCAUCAAGGGCACGCCCGAGCGGCUGAUGACGCAGCUGAUGGCUGAAAACUCGCUCAUCGAUCCGUACUACGUGGAGGACUUCCUGCUAAUCAGGAGAAUCUUUCUGCCGGAGGCGACGACUCUGUCGAAUCAGUUGAUGGAAUGGUUCCGUGACCCCGAGUACCGUGAUCGGGUCACGCGGGUCGUACUCCAGUGGGUCAAUAGUCACUUCAUCGACUUUGAAACCGACCCGGCCAUGAUGGACUUUCUGGAACGCUUCGAGGCGUGUCUGGAGAGCAAUAAAAUGCACGGACAGUUGGGCCUUCUCAACUUCGAGUGUGCGGCCAAGUCUCGCGUGCGUGUGGUCACUCUGGCACGCCCGAAUCGUGAUGAGCCGCUGCCGUUCUGCCUGCUGGGCGGCUAUGAGAGGAACUUCGGCAUCUUUGUCACCAAGGUGGAAAAAGGCAGCAAGGCAGAAGAUAUUGGCCUGAAGCGUGGCGACCAAAUUCUUGAGGUGAAUGGUCAGAGUUUCGAGCACAUCUCGCACCCGCGCGCUCUGGAGGUGCUCAGAGGCACCACCCAUCUCAGUAUCACCGUCAAAAGCAACCUCCUCGCGUUCAAGGAGAUGCUCCAGACGCCGGAGGACGCGAUCCGACCCCGCCAGAGGAAGGGCUCUGAGAUCUCCGGCCUCAACAACUACCAGAGGCCCCGGCUGCCCGGAUCGAACCCGGCCGGCACCGCGGCACCGACCUCAGAGAACGACCCGACUCAGAAGGACAAAAAGGAGGCGAUCCACAAGACGUUCGCCACGCUCGGGCUGCGCACCAUCAAGUUCAGGAAGGCGCUGAUCAAGGCCAUCACGCACAAAACUCCACUACAAGCGCACCACUCGGACGACACGCUGGUACCGGGCGGCGGCGGCAGCGCAGGGGACGGCCCACCCACCCCCGGAGCCAUGUAUCACUCUCACAGUAACCCGGACCUCAGUCAGCUCAGCUACGACGAGUGGAAGUUCGACUAUCCGGAGCACGUGCUAAAGGUGUACAAGGCCGACCAGAGCUGCAAGUACCUGCUGGUGCAUAAGGAGACCACGGCCCGCGAGGUGUGCAUGCUGUCUCUGCGGGAGUUUGGUAUCACGGAUCCGAGCAGUAAUUACAGUCUGUGUGAGGUCACGGCCGGAGCCGGCGGAGUGAUCAAACAGAGACGACUGCCCGACCAGAUGCAGAAUCUGGCGGAGAGAAUCGGACUGGGAAGCAGGUACUACUUGAAGAACAACCAGGUGACGGAGCCUCUGGUGCCUGACGAGCUGGCGGCAGAGCUGCCGCGAGAGGGGAGCGUCCACUUCCUGCAGCUGAACGCUCUGGAGGUGGCCGUCCAGCUUACACUGGACGACUUUAGCCUGUUCCGACAAAUCGAGGCCACCGAGUAUGUGGACGAUCUGUUUGAGCUGAAGAGCCGCUACGGAACGCCCGGACUGAGGCAGUUCGCCGAGCUGGUGAACCGUGAGAUGUUCUGGGUCAUCACUGCAGUCUGUGGCGAACACAACGUCGUCAAACGAAUGAAGAUCGUCAAACAGUUCAUCAAAGUCGCCCGCCACUGCAAGGAGUGCAAGAACUUCAACUCUCUCUUCAACAUCGUCUCCGGCCUCAGCCAUGGGGCGGUGGGGAGGCUGAAACAGACCUGGGACAAGCUGCCCACCAAGUACCAGAAGAUCUACAACGAUAUGCUGGGUCUGAUGGAUCCCAGCAGGAACAUGUCCAAGUACCGCAACCUCAUCACCUCGGAGCACGUUCAGCCCCCGCUGAUUCCGUUCUACCCGAUCGUGAAGAAGGAUUUGACGUUCAUCCACCUGGGUAACGAUACAUGGGUGGACGGCCUCGUCAACUUCGAGAAGCUCAGGAUGAUCGCCAAGGAGGUGCGCUCUCUGUCCGACAUGUGUUCGGUGCAGUACGACGCCUGCUCCAUGCUGGAGCUGGCCGGUCACUCCGGACUGGGACAACUGACACUCACCGCACAGAGGAACGCCACCGUCAAACGACGCAGGAAGUCGCAGGCGCAGUCCAACCCCAAGAAAAUGUUCGAGGAGGCUCAGAUGGUGCGCAGGGUGAAGGCCUACCUGGGCAACCUGAGCGUCGUACAGGAUGAGGAGAAGCUGCUUCAGAUGUCACUCGAGUGUGAGCCGCCGCCGGCCGGCUCAUCCACCACCACCACACGACGGCGUCACCCGUCCCGGCCUACGCUCUCCACAGUGUCAUUUCUCCGUCUAAUUACCCUGUGUUCUGUUGUACAGACGGCGUCACCAGACGUCCCCUACCCUCUCCACAUU